CUUGAAGUGAAAGGUUGUAGGUUAUUUAAAGUAAUUAGUAAGUUACUAAAUUAAGUAGUUGUAAUGUUAACAAUCACUAUAAGAGAAGGUCAAGAAUAAUUCAAUAAUAAAUAAAUGGUGAUUUUUAAAAGUAGAGGUAUAAUCAUGAACCCUAAAUUAUACUAUAUUGUGGCCUGCCUUGCAAAUUAUUUUUUACUAUGUUCCACCGCAGUACCAGAUGAAGAAUAUGGGUUGAUGCCAGAUAUAUUUCAAGUUGAAGAUUUUGAUUCGUGUAUGAUAUUAAAAGACAAAGCCCUCUACUGUGAAAUAACAUAUGAAUUUGCACCCAUAAACCCGAACAAUCCUCCUGCUAUGUGGAAGACUAUAAAGGAAGUUAGUUCUUCAAAAUUACAUUAUCGGCACGACCUAUUACGGCUCUUUGUGUGUGUCCCAAAAUCCUGUCCAAUGGCAAAAAUAUCCAAUUCUACCAACGAGGAGUUAAGAAAAGACUUAAAUGACUGUAUCGAUGAAAGGCAUAGAAGCUUGGGUUUUAAAGGAAUUGUAAAGAUUAAUGCUUGCAAAAGAGAAAAUCCUAUAUAUGAAGUGGAUAUCGGAGACUGGUUGUUUGCAAUCGCUUUCUUCUCCUACAUGAGUUUUAUUUUGCUUUGCACAAUGGUGGAAUACAAAAAUAGGGAAGAUGAAGGAUUUUAUAAAAACACUUCCACCGCUGGAAAAAUUAUACUCUCAUUUUCAAUAAUGAGCAACUGGAAUAAGUUGAAAACUGUUCCCACGGGACCAAAAUUCGAAAGAUUAAGACCAGUGCAAGGCUUAAGAGUUUAUCUAUCAAUUUUAGUAAUUCUUGUUCACACAGGCCUUAGUCAAGUUGCUAUUCCCGUUACCAAUCCAAAAUUUUUGGAGGAUAUAAACGACUAUCCAGAUUUUUUAAAUGAAAUUCCAAAAAGAGGAAUUUUUUUGUUAUCUUUUUUCUUCUUGAUGUCAGCUUGGAUGGUAAUUAUGCCCCUAUUAGCGAAAAGAGACCAAAAUGAAGAUUUAAGUGUUAAAUUUGUUAUUCAUUCUAUCAUAAAAAGAUAUAUUAGAUUAUUGCCCACCGUAGCUAUCAUAGUUGGUUUUUACGCAACUUGGUUCAGACAUAUUCCGUUCGGUCCAUUUUUUAGAGGAAUGUGCGGUGAAAGUGAACGAUGCAGAAAAAAUUGGUGGCCAAUAUUUUUAUUCAUUCAAAACCAUUAUGAUCGUUAUUUCAUGUGCCAUAUUGUCAGCUGGUAUUUGGCAGUAGAAAUGCAGUAUUAUAUCAUUACCUUGUUUUUAUUUAUAUUUAUUUUAAAAAGAAAGAUCAGUAUUCCUUUAACAGUUGGAGUACUUCUUACACUAAACGUAAUAUGGGAUUUUUUGGACCAUUGGAGACACGGUUAUCCAUCAACACUGUCGGGAAGGCCAGAGGAAAUUUACGCUAUAGUUUUUAACCAAAAACCACAAUGGCAUGACCAUUUUGCAAAUUACCAUGGAAACGCAUCAGGAUAUAUUUUGGGAUUGGGAUUCGGAUAUGUUUUCUAUACAUAUAGCAACAAACAAAUAUUUGACACGAAGUGGAAGAAAAUAGUUUGGGCUAUUCUUUCAUUUGGUCCCGUUCUAUUAACCACCAAUUUGCCAUUGUACUACGAUGUGGAUGCAACUCCUGCUCACUCUGCAGUAUGGGUAGCUUUAACCAAACCUUUAUUUUCACUAGGAAUGGGAUUUAUGGUUUUAGGACUUGCGGAAGGACUAGGAGGUCCUCUAAGAUCAAUUUUGAAUUGGGGCCCAUUAUACGUUUUAGGAAAAUUAUCUUUUUGCUUAUAUAUUGGACAUUCGGUAUAUCAAAAUAUAAGAAUAGGAAUUAUGAGAACACCUGAAUAUCCAAGCUACUUUAAUUUGGUUAAGUUGCUGUCUUCGGAUGUAUUAAUAGGUUUCCUAGGUGCACUCUGGUUAAGUCUGUUCUUCGAAAUGCCUUUCAACGAACUUGUCAACAGACUAUCGAAGGGAAGUAAAAGACCUGUCGAGAAAAAGGAAAAUUAAACGAUGAAAUAUAUAUUCUAUGUGGAAUAAAGAAUAAGUGUACAAACAACAAAAAUCAUCAUAAUGAUUGAUUAUAUCAGUGUUCACUCCAAC